AUGGGGUACGAGGUGAAUACGUCGAAUGUCCUCGGAAAGGGUGGGUUUGGGAAAGUCUAUCAAGCAUCCGUCAUCAAACGGCGAGAGUGUGACAGGACAUGCGCUCUCAAGCUCAGCUGCUCGGGCAUACCGAGCCAGAGUCUCAUGAGGGAGUAUGAGAUUUACCGCGAGUUGGGCGAACGCUACAACGACCGAUGGCCCUGGGUCGAGCCACCCUACUUCCAAGAGGGCGGUGAGCUGGUGCUGCCCAUGGAGCUUCUCGGAGCGAACCUCGAGUCCCUUCGGAAGCAACCACUCCCUGAUGCCACGCUGUUGUGUCGGCUCAUCACAGAAACCCUGAACCGGCUUGAUGAGCUUCACCAGCUCGGGUUUGUCCAUAGGGACAUCAAGCCAGCCAACUUUGCCUUCUGCGCCGAUGCAUCCGAUCCAUACCGCGUCUAUCUCAUUGAUCUCGGGCUCACGCGAAACAUGGACGAGUGCCAGGUCCAGUAUCACCGCGAGCAGCCCUUCGGAGGGACCGUGAAAUACACCUCCCUCGCCACACACUGGCAUAUCAACCCGACCUUCAAGGACGAUCUCAUUUCCCUCGGCUAUAUGUGGGUGUCGUUGUUGUCACCCACAGGUCUGCCGUGGGACCGAGUCAGCCACAUGAAGAAACAAACCCAUAUGGAGGACACCAUCCAGUUCAAGCAGAGAAAGCGCGAGAUGAUCGAGUCUAUUAAAUCACGGACGACCAUCCGGGAUUUGUGUCAGAGCAUCCCAUCUGCAUUAAAUGUGCCAAUGUUCCAGUUUAUUGCUUAUUGCAGUGCCAUUCCACACCACGUCAUGCCAGACUAUGACUUUCUAAAGUCACUUUUUACUUGA